AUGUCAUCUUUAUUCACCACCGACAAACCAGCUGGCAAGUUACCUUUGCUGGAAUCAACCAACUACUAUGCAAACUCAGAUAGUACUCCCACUGGCACCACUACCACUACCACAACCACGCCAUCAAAGUUGACUAAGAACUCGAGCAUUUCUUUAUCAACCCAAACACCUCCUAGUACUGCCACCACUUCAUUGAAAAGAACGAAUCAAGGAGGGUUUGAUAUCUUUGGGUUCAAUACUCCAUUGCGGACAACACACUUAGAUCCAACGAUAUUAUCAACGAUAAAUUUUGAUCUGAAUUUUUACAAUAUGCAAUCAACUUAUUUAUCGCCUGCUUCUUCUUCGCCACAGCAGCAACACCAACAACAAGAACCACAAGAACAUCCGCAAUCACUACCACUGGUAGAAGAGCCAGAGAAGGAAAAAGGAUCGCCACCAAUCAAGAAAAAGAGGAGCAAGUCUACCUCUCCUAUAAAGAGUGGAUCUACAACUACCCCCAUCACCUCCACGAAUAAACCUUUCAGCUUGUAUUCCGAAGAAAAACCACCUUAUUCAUAUGCUACACUCAUUGGAAUUUCCAUAUUGUCCCAUCCUGAAAAAAGGCUAACUUUAUCAAACAUCUAUCAGUGGAUUUCAGAUACUUUUAGAUUUUACAAGAAGGAAGAUGUUGGUUGGCAGAAUUCAAUUAGACAUAAUUUAUCACUUAAUAAGGCAUUUGUCAAAGGAGAUAAACUGAAGGAUGGUAAAGGCCAUUAUUGGUGUAUAAAACCAGGAUUUGAGGAACAAUUCUUGAAAAGUAGAAGUGUUAAAAAGUCAUCGUAUCAUGAAGUUAUGGAUCAGCUCAACUAUGCUACAAAGAUAAAUGCUGCCUUAGCUGCUGCUCAGGAAACCACUAAGCAGCAGGCUGCAGUUGGCACCACUGAACAAAAGAUUGCAAGCGACAAGAAUAUUUCAUCCAAAAAGAGGACUAGAAAACAGCCCAUUACUUUAAUGUCUUCACCUACUAUACCCCAGGAAAGAACAGUUGACGAGGAACAAGACUCUAGUAACUCUGAGGAUGAUGAUGGUGAUGAUGACUAUGGCGAGGAAGAUUUAACCAUAUUGGAUCCGCCAGUCAAAAAAUUCAAGUCUCAAAGGAAUAGUGAUAAUGACACGGAAGAAGAGGAUCUGUUAUUACAAGCUUCGACUAAACUGAAAUCUGAUAACACCUAUAUACUAGAUUUACCAUGGUCAGCAAACACUUCGUAUUCUGAAUCACCAACUAAACUACCGCCAAUAUCCCAUCUUACAAAUUCAGUUUUGUCAACUCCAAAAUCUACCCCAAAUCGCAGUUCGCGCAACAGUGCCAACAACAAUAUACCUCAAUUUCAAAUAACUGAAUCACCUGAAAAUGUACUUGCUGGUAAAAACUUGACAUUUACUUCCUCAUUUAGUUGUAAUUCAAAUUUCGAAUUAUCGCCAUUAAGAACAAGUGAAACCGGUCCAUUAUUAGAACCAGUAACUCCAGCAAACAACAAUUCAAAGAGGAGUCAACAUCAUAUAGCUCAAUUGGCUCAACUGCAACCACUGCUGGUGCUGCUGUCAACUCACUUACAACAUACUAAUAGUAUAUUUGGAUCAACUUCAAAGCAAAUGUUUAUUUUAACGAGAACGCCGAAGUCUACAACCACCCCAUUACGCAAAACACCAACCACAAAUUCAAUAAUUUCAUAUCUUGAAGAAUAUUUCAGUCCAUUGAAUGAAAAUACCCAUCUGCUACAUCAUCAACAACAACCACAACUUCAUCAGUUACAUUAUGCCAGUAACCUACAUAUUCCAGCUCUGCAUCCAUUACAUUACAUACAAACGCCACCAUCAACUAGUGCAAAUGCAAAUGGAACAACUACGACGACGUCUGGUUCACUCUUGAUGCAACUGACUUUGUUAUCAGCCUCGUCGUCCUCAGCUUCAUCAACUACAUCGUCACACCUGAAGUUGAAUAAUGUCGUUGCCAGCAGUACGAAGAAUAAUGAUAAUAGUGGUGAUGACAAAAAUGAUGCUUUUGUUGCAUUCCAAUCAAGUCCAAUUUUGAAACGGGGGUUUUACGAAAAAUCCAAAAAUAAGAAUUUGAUUCAAGAAUUGGAGAAAUUGCAACGUGAACUGUAA